AUGGCAACACUUAACUCCCAACCAGACGGUCCUUUACAAGCCGCUCUACUGGAAACAACUACAGCAGUCUCUAUCAGGGCUGCCGAAGGCCAGAGGAUCUUUAGCCCGAUAGCAAUCUUUCUUGACAAGCACCGGAACCAUGCCUAUAUCAGCGGAGUUUCUUCGACCUUGACUACGACCUCCCCUGCCCCUGCCCCUGCUUCUCUUCCCCCGUCUCCCCCUCCAUCUCGCCCCCCCUCCGGUCUUGCUCGGUCGACGUACGCAACAGUCACCCAAAUAACCAAGAUCAAAGGCCCUUCUACGUCUCGGCCUAAGGCCAAGCAAAAGACUAUAAUCUCUACCUUUAACCAGCAGCCUGACUCCCGCCUCUUUGUACGUUUCCCACCGAACCAUCUUGCUAAAAAUAUGGACGCAUACGUUAUCUACACUAGCUUCCGUUCCCAUCUAGGCACCAACAACAAGACACUUAAGGGUAUCCAGUCUAUUAAGACAGGAUUCGCCCUUUUGCCUUUAUCUCCCGAAGCUCUUGCAGCCCUCGAGGCACAGAAAGAGGCUAUCUCUACCUUCUUUACUAACUGCCAGAUCGAGCGAAACUCUCGCUGGAUCUCGUACCGGGUAACAAACGUACUGAGGAAGAUCGGCCAACUGAAUGCAAGCUAA